AUGGCCUCAUGCUCACCUAAACAGGCCUCAGAGCCAGCUCGCGAAAGAGAAUCCUUCAAGUAUGGAGCGUCGCUGCUAAACGAUAUUACAGACUCGCCCACUGAAGGCUCGCCCCCGGUCAGCUCAGCCAACGGAACUGUACCCAGCGACGAGAUAAAACGACAAGAAACUCCGAGAGACACUGUUCUUGCAUCUCUUGCACAACUUGGACUCUGGAAAACAGGCACUGACCGCGCCUUGAUAUCUCUGUUCGAUCGGAAUCACCAAUAUAUUGUCGCCGAGACUACACAACGAUCAUCUCUUGCCAAGAGCCCCAUCCGGCCAAAAGACAGAAAUGGAGACUUCUGGCUAUAUCCAGGGACAUUUCCACGACAGCUCUCGGUUUGCGAUCGGGCUCUUAUGGCACAAAAUCGCGACUCUUCCUCCUCUGAUAAGGAACUGCCUCUUACUCUGAUACCGGAUCUUAAAGCCGAUGCGAGACUCUGCAAGAUACAGCAUCCGCUAUCAGAAUUUCCUGCCCGGUUUUAUGCUGCUGUCCCUGUGCGAUCACCUGCUGGUGUUGACAUUGGUGUUUAUUGCGUCGUAGACUCCGAGCCGAGAGAAGUCGAGAGCUGGACCACCAAUGACACUCAGGUUCUACGAGAAAUCUCCUCUAAUAUCAUGGACUACCUUCGAUCCAAGAGUGUGGGAGAUGCUUAUCGAAGAAGUGUCCGCAUGACAAGGGGAAUUGGUUCGUUUGUCGAGAAGGAGUCGUCCAUGGCGGGUUGGAGAGCUCGAACAAAUUCUCCGGCCUUCCACGACGAUGUGACACGGGAAGGAAAUCUAAAUUCUGAACAGCAGGCCCUACAGCAGUUCAGAGACAUCAAUAUUCAGGAAACACUGCCGGUUCACGUACCAGUGCAACUGAAUACGACAGGAGAAACCACCGCUAUUACCGGGGAGGUGAAGAUGACCAGCACUUCAUCGAAGAGUAUGUCUGUUCGAGAAUCCGAUGCUAAUGCCAAGGAGAAGGAAAUUGCCAAGAUAUUCUCUCGGGCAGCCAAUCUCAUACGAGAAGGAAUAGAGAUCGAAGGCGUCGUCUUCCUGGACGCGAAUUUCGAGACGUCGGCUACCGAUUCAAUGCUUCACGAGGGCCAGUCUUCGACCGAGUCAUCAUCAAGUAGCGAUGAGUCAAGUGAUAGGAUCGAGCAGGAAAAGUCUUGCUGCGGAAUUUUAGGGUUCGCUACUUCAACUUCAUCAAGCAUCAAUUUGGAUGUAGGUUCUGAUAUCCACACAACCAUGCCAAUGAAGUUGCUAGCUGCGCUCUUGCGGCGGUAUCCUGCUGGUAAAAUCUUUAAUUUUGACGAGGAUGGUAGCCUCUUAUCAAGUGGUUCGUCUGAGGUCGACCUUUGUACACCGAUGCCUAAGGAAGAAUAUUUUGGUCAAGGGUCAACUGCGGCGCUAUCUGGUAAAACUCAGCGUCCUUGGUCACGAUCUUUAGAAGGACCGUCAGUUUCCAAGAUCUUCCCUGGUGCUCGAAGUGUGGCCUUUGUGCCUGUUUGGGAUCCCAAAAGAGACCGUUGGUUAGCGGGAGGUUUCGCAUAUACUCGGACACCCACGAGGACAUUUACGAUCGAGGGCGAGUUGAGUUACCUGCGAGGAUUUGGCAUGCUGGCCAUGUCAGAAGCCCAACGACUCGAGGCCUUGCUCGUGAACAAGGCUCAAUCCGAUGUGCUUGGCUCAUUAUCUCACGAACUGCGUACUCCUCUUCACGGAGUCAUGCUCUCAGCCGAGUUGUUGUCCGAUACUCAGCUGGAUGUUUUCCAGGGAAACCUACUGCGAACCCUUGAGACAUGUGGCCGAACACUAUCCGAGACCAUUGAUCAUCUUUUAUAUUUCUCAAAAGUCAACCAAGUUGCAGCUCAUCGAAAGAAGGAGCGUCGAGCUCGAAAACGAUCUGUUGUUUCAGACCCUGCCACGACGGUUCCCGCGAGUGUUUCGACCUCUGAGGUUAGGCUGGACGCCCUAGUUGAGGAGGUCAUGGACAGUGUUUUCGCUGGCCAUGUUUUCAAGGGUAAUGAAGCCCAUAAAGCUUGGCAAACCGCAAAUCCAAGCAAGCUCGUGAAUACGGAGGAUGAGAAUGAUCUGACGGGUGGUCAAUCUGAAGACCCAGUCAAGUACGAAGUGCCGCUCGGACACGAUGGUCAGGUGGCCAUCUUUCUUGAUAUUGACCCUUAUGUGCCGUAUCGCUUCCAUGUUACCGCAGGAGCACUCCGCCGUGUUGUGAUGAACCUUUUUGGAAAUGCACUCAAAUACACACACAAAGGCACAAUCACGGUUGCCCUAUCUCAAAAACCCCUGUCCUCGAAUAACCCAAGUAGUCACAGACGCUUGGUUCGCAUUUCGGUCACAGAUACUGGCCAAGGAAUAUCCCCAGACUUUCUUCGAAACGAGCUCUUCAAACCAUUCUCUCAGGAAAACCAUCUUUCAGACGGUACCGGUUUAGGCCUAAGUCUGGUCAAGAAGACCGUGGCAUCAAUGGGCGGCAAGAUAUCGAUCGAGAGUGAAGUCAACGUCGGGACCACAGCAACCAUAACAUUGCCCUUAUCACGGUCGAAAGACUCAGACAGUUCAAGUCCAGGGCAAGAGAAGAAUGAAGUUGAUGACGAGACCAAGCGCCUAAAAGGAUUGCGUCUGCGACUGGUCGGUUUCCCUUCCGAGGAGGAUAUCAAGUCGAAAACGGGUCAGGGCAUUCCCUUGUCUGCAAUGAAAGUAAUGUGCCAUCGAUGGCUGGAGAUGGAUGUUAUCAACGAAGCUGGAUGCCAGGACGUGGCUCCGGAUCUUGUUCUAUGCAAUGAGAUGGCGAUUGGGGACCCGGUGCUAAGUAGCGAAGAGCUCGUUAGGUGUCCCGUGGUUGUGGUGUGCGCCAAUGCCAUUACGGCACAUAAGCGAUCUUCCGAGAGCAAGACAUCUGAGGACCAACGAGUUUAUGAAUUUGUUUCUCAACCUAUUGGCCCACACAAACUUGCUCGAAUUCUUCGCAUAGCGUUAUGGAGGUGGGGGGACUUACAAGCGUUAUCGCCAGCUGUGCCAGUAGGUGAAGAUGAAGAGCAUUUGGAUUAUGCAUCAGAUGAUGCCAAAAGGUGCUCGACUGGGAACAAUACAGAAGGAGGUGCCCCUGAAGAUAAAUCGACACCAAGUCCAGGAGUGGCGUCACUAAAACGCCCUGGUCCUCCAUCACGAGCUCCGUCAAAGCGCCCUUCCCAAGCGACACAACAACAGGGGUCGACUGCGGCGAGCGAACCUAAGAGUUUCCUCCUUGUCGAUGAUAAUCCUAUUAAUAUCUCGGUGUUGUGUGCGUACAUGAAGAAGCUUAAGCGCAAGUAUAUUACGGCAGCAGAUGGACUUGAAGCUGUGGAACUGUUCCAGAGGAACCCAGAUGAAUUCAGUUGCAUCUUGAUGGACAUCAGUAUGCCACGAAUGGACGGUAUUGAGGCUACAAAGCAGAUACGGGCUUUGGAGAACAAGGAGGGUCGGGAACCCGUUGUCAUUCUUGCCCUGACAGGUUUGGCAUCAGCGAGUGCCCAGCAAGAUGCUUAUGCAAGUGGUGUUGAUGUGUUUCUCUCUAAGCCUGUUAAGCUCAAAGAGCUGAGCAGUAUACUGAGGGAGAAGAGUUUGGCGUAG